AGGCUUCUUUAAUUUAAUUAUGCGUAACAGUAUCAACAAACGCUCGACGUAGCUAUGACGAACCUUGUUUAGUUUGAUUCGAACCACUACUGGAAGCAGUAUCUUUAAAAGUUAUCUUCUUUUGAGUAUCACCCUGCCACAAUUUUACACAUUUUCAGGUUUUUUUAAGUUCUUUAGUAAUUUGCACUUAAGAUCUACGCGCUAAGUCUAAAAACGACCAAGAAAGAAACUUAUUGCCGAGAGUCGCUUCUCGUGAUGGAAGAAUCGAGCGAUAAACAGGAGGAAAAUUGCACGUUAGAAUCUGCGAACGAGAAGGGAUUAUCCAUCGAUAAGAUCGUAGCCGGUACAGAUUCUGUAGAUCCUAAUCGAGUUAACGAUCGAUCAGAGAUGGGGAAAAAUGCAGGAAAGACCGUAGAAUGUUCGCGGAUGGUCGAUGGAAACUCAAGUCCUUCGAAAUCGAAAGAAAGUGUUACAGGCGCGAAAGUAAAGCGUAAAUUGAGAUCGACGCGUAGAAAACUGAAUGCUAUGAUCAACAAUACGUCGUUACAUUUCUCCGACACCGAUUCCGAAGGAGAGUUAACGUCCAUUAAUUCUCAAAUCAGAUCAUUGAGUUAUACGACGGACGAACGACAAGGACCGAUUAUUUCUAUAACGUCGGACGAUGUGGAGGCCGAAGGCUCCAAGCUUUUAUCACCCGAUGACAAAGGCUCGUCUCAGCUGAAUAAUUUCAUCGAAAAUCUUACGGACGUUGACGAAAUUUAUCCGAGCGAACCAGAAAACGAACGAAAGGAGGAUCGGAAUAACCUUAAGGUUGCCAAAACUCCGUGUCAAGGUGAUACGGAUCUCGAGGAUUUCGAAGGUGAAGACGAAGUACACUCGAUGAUUUACGUAAAACCGAGGUCCGAUAUAUUUUGCGACUAUAGCGGAGAGACGAUAACGACGAAGGAAGGUGACGGGCCAUUUUCCGUAGAAGUGCGAAAUAAAAUGUAUCGUGAGGAAGAGCCGCGAAACGGGCUGGGCAGUAGCAUGCCAGAUAUCCUGGUUAUGUCGAACACCGACGAGGAGGAUAUGGAUAUAUCCGAGGAGGAAGAUACGCAGGAAGCCUGUUGCAGUCAGAAAGAGUUACUCGAAGAUUUGGACGUUCUGGCAGCGUCUCAAAUUAUUAUGAGAAAUAUCGAUAAAAUGGAGAAAACGUUAACUGUGAAAGACAUUGGUGAUGACUCGAUUAGCGAUUGUCAUACGGACAUCGAAGAAGUCGAUCCGAACGAAUAAAUUAAUUUGAAAUGCGUCGAUGGUAAGGACACGAAUACAGAGAAUACGCUUUCUAGCGAGAAAUAUUGUGCCGUUCAAACUCUGGUAAAAAUCUGAUAUACAUUAGAUCUAGUUUGACCAAUCGUGUAUCGAAUGUAUUGCAAGAAUGCACUGCAUAUUGUCCCUUAUGUUAUCCACUCUUUACUCGUUAGAAUAUUGCUAUAUAUGUUAUACGAUUAUGAAACAUAUACAGUAAAUAUCACAUGACUCGAUAUUACGUUAAACGUAAUGUUUAUCGAGGAAUUCAGAAUAUUCUGUGAAUUACAAUGGAUUUUACUUGUCACUGACCGUGAGGUAGGGUUCUCCUGGAAAUCGUUAGAAUAAUCUUAUCGAUUAUACACCUUUGUUCUGAGUAGAAUCAAAUAUUAUUACAUUCUGUUCGACAAAUGGGAUUAUUUCGUAAUGCAUAUUAAAUUAAAAAUACGGAUAAUACAAAAUUUAAAUCAAAUGAGAGAAUAUAGGUAGAAUAUGUUAAACUUUCGCUUAUAUAUAUUUUGAUAUCGUUUAAAAUUAUUUAAUUACAUAUACUAUGUCUUUCGUUGAUUUACGUAGAACAAAGUAACAAACGGAAACGAGAACUGUGUCGCUUACCAAAAUAUUCGAAGCUUAAUUGAUCGUAAUAAUUCUACGAUGAGUUAAAUAUAGAGUCUUAUUCUGUACAUUUACAAAGUAACUGCAUCGUGCAAGUUUACUUUUAAUUAUUGUCUUUACUUUCGAGCUAUAAAACUACGUCUUUUAUUAUAAUGUUGACUAUGUUGGUUUAAAAGAAUGUUGUACUGUAAAAACAUACUUUAACGUCUCCUUUCUUGGAUAUUUUAAUUUUUUCUACGAAUCUCGGAUUCUAAAUAUUUUUCUACUUUAAUCACACAUCUCGUAAGAUAAUUUAGAAAAUAAUCUAAUUUUUAGUUUUAACGAUAUACCAUGUUUUACGUCCACACUUUGGAAAUUUCUUUUUACUUUAGCAAUGUAAAUAUUUUCGCAUGAUCGCUACCUUUUGAAAAUAUUAACACGUCGAUUCAACUUCGUCGUUGUAAUUAUGCAUUCGAUCAUUACUUACACAGUAAACGCAUAUUCAACGACUAGAUUUCACAGUCAACAAAUAACAAAAGCUUUCUGUUACAAGAUUUUCAAAAUUUAUUUUACAUAGAAAUCUUCUCGAAAUGUCCGUAAUCAUUUUUGGAAAUUUAUUCUAUGCUCGUGGAGAACAUACUUUUAUAAUCUUGUACGUAUAUAAAUGUAAAAUUCGGACGAGAAACUAAGACGAAGAUCUCGGCGUAUUAUUUAGGUCAGAAAAUAUCGUAGCAUUAUUUUCAAAAUUUAUUUUACAUAGAAAUCUUCUCGAAAUGUCUGUAUAUCAUUUUUGGAAAUUUAUUCGAUGCUCGUGGAGAACAUACUUUUAUAAUCUUGUACGUAUAUAAAUGUAAUAAUUCAGACGAGAAACUAAGACGAAGAUCUCUGCGUAUUAUUUAGGUCAGAAAAUAUCGUAGCAUUAUUUUCAAAAUUUAUUUCAUAUAGAAAUCUUCUCGAAACGUCUGUAUAUCAUUUUUGGAAAUUUCUUCGAUGCUCGUGGAGAACAUACUUUUAUAAUCUUCUACGUAUAUAAAUGUACAAUUCAGACGAGAAACUAAGAUCCCUGCGUAUUGUUUUAGGUCAGAAAAUAUCGUAGCAUUAUUUUCAAAAUUUAUUUCACAUAGAAAUCUUCUCGAAAUGUCUGUAUAUCAUUUUUGGAAAUUUAUUCGAUGCUCCUGAAGAACAUAUUUUUAUAAUCUUAUACGUAUAUAAAUGUAAAAUUCGGACGAGAAACUAAGACGAAGAACUCUGCGUAUUAUUUAGGUCAGAAAAUAUCGUAGCAUUAUUUUCAAAAUUUAUUUUACAUAGAAAUCUUCUCGAAAUGUCUGUAUAUCAUUUUUGGAAAUUUAUUCGAUGCUCGUGGAGAACAUACUUUUAUAAUCUUAUACAUAUAUAAAUGUAAUAAUUCAAAUGAAAAACUAAGACGAAGAACUCUGCGUAUUGUUUUAGGUCAGAAAACAUCGUAGCAUUAACGAGCGACGAUUCGUGCCUUUUAUUUUCGACAAACUAUUCUCAUCUUUAUGGUGUUCGUAAAAUUAAUUUACUAUGCAAACUCUUCUUUCUCUUUUGCACCAUGCUUUGAGUACAGUUUCUACUAUUUUUAUUCAAAGUUUAACGUAUUGGUGUAACGUAAUUAGGUAUAAUUAGAAAUUUGGCUCGAUUCACGCGAGCUUCGGAGAACGAACAUCGACACAGAAAAUCAUCGUGAUAAUAUAAAAAUACGAAUUACACUUAGACACGCGUUACAAGAAUUUAUCGAUAGAAAAUAUUUCCGCUUGAUUGUUAUCACUUAGUAUUAACGCAAUCUUCUGUACUUAUAAUUGCAGACAAAACUGCCGUCCUCAACAUUAUCAUAGACAACCGUAUGGGAUAUUAAUUUUAAGUCUCGAAGGAUACUAAUAUCCACGGAUAUUAAUAGAGAAAAGCAAUUAUAGUUUAUAAAGGGAUUUAGAGUUAUAUGCAUAUCAAUUGCUUAUGUACUGUGUGCAUGUUACAAGUUUAAAGAGAUUAACGAUACCUCGGUGAUGAAACUUAUUUUUGAAAUUGUAUUUGUUUUUAAAAAAAAGUUGUUAUAUGUACAGUAACAGAGUUUACGAUAGCGUUGUGUCUAUUAACGUUUUAAAAAGAACGCUAUAAAGUAUAAAAAUCGUGUUUACGCGUUAUGUUUGUGAAAGUUUGAUCGUGUAAUCCUUUAAGAGUUAUAUGUGAAACUGUAAAUAUACGCAAUGUAUUUCGUGCAUAUGUAUUUACCUAAUAAAAAGUAAUGUGAGCAUAA